GCCCUGCCGGGGGCGGGUCGGGGGCAGCGGAGCUCCCGGCAUGUCGCAAGGGCUCCCGGCCACCGGCAGCGUCCUGCAGAGGAGCGUCUCUGCCCGCGGGAACCAGCAACAGCCGCAGAGCCCUGAGGAUGAUGACCGGAAGGUCCGGAGGAGAGAAAAAAACAGAGUUGCUGCUCAAAGGAGUCGAAAGAAGCAGACUCAAAAGGCUGAUAAACUUCAUGAGGAAUAUGAGUGUUUGGAGCAAGAAAAUACCUCCCUUCGGAGAGAGAUUGGGAAGCUGACAGAAGAGCUGAAGCAUUUGAGUGAUGUGCUGAAGGACCACGAGAAGAUAUGUCCCCUGCUUCACUGCUCUAUGAACUUUGUGCCUAUGGCUCGGCCUGAUCCCAUCACCAACUGCCUGCCCAGAUGAGGCCCAAGGACUGUCCUUGCCACAGGGUGAGGGAGGAGGCCUGGCUGUUUUCAACUAGGAUGAGAGGCUUUCCAAUUUAUGCCUUCGUGUACAAGGCUCUGUGACCAGAACUCUACCCACGAGGUGCUGGUGAAACCCUGACCUGUCUGCUAAAGCUCUGAACACUUAAGUGACCAAGUCUUUAGUUCUACUUUUUGUCUACUUUGGCAUUUAGUAGCUUUCAGCUAUCACUCAAAUAGUAGAUGACUUUUCCUCAUUCUCUUUAGAAUUUGGUUAAUAAAAAAUGACUUUUUA